GGUUGGAUGUCCACCGCAGGAUGCAGCGAGAGGCUUCUCUUGGCAUCCGAGCUGCCUGUCAGUGAUCAUCAGAGAUCAUCAUCAUGGCAGGGAUGGAGGUUGCACCGCUGAGACCGUGGGAUGAUUUUUACCCUGGCCUUGACCGAUUCUCCAAACCCGAUGUGAAAGAUUUAAGCAAAUGGAAUAACAGAGUCAUCAGCAACCUGCUUUAUUUCCAGACGAAUUACUUUGCUGUGGCCAUCGUCGUAAUGCUGAUUGUCGGUUUCCUGAACCCAUUGGGCAUGUUUCUUGGUGGGGCCGUUGUGGCUCUGGUGUUCACCGGCUCUGUGUGGGCUGGAGAGAAUAAAGCCGUGAUCAAGAACUUCAAGAAGAAGAACCCCACCCUGUUCGUGGUGGGUGUGAUGGGAAUCAGCUACUUCCUGCUGUCCUUGUGUGGAGGAGUGAUGGUGUUCCUCUUCGGCAUCACAUUCCCAAUGCUCUUGAUCCUUAUCCACGCUUCUCUGAGGCUUCGCAGCAUAAAGAACAAGUUGGAGAACAAGAUUGAGGGUGUUGGCCUAAAGAAGACGCCCAUGGGAUUCAUACUGGAUCACCUGGACCAGCAAGAAGAGAAAAUCAACAAAAUUCAAGAUUUCUUGGAGAGCAAGCUGAAAGAUUGAGCAUGAAACACAUCAGUGUCAACGAUAUUCAGCUAGUUUCUUCUUAAGGUCUUUGUUUGUAUGUUUGUUUGUGGUCUUGAUUUGAUAACCAAAUGACAGAAAUGGAAAUAUCUUUUAAAUACCAAAGUAUGACAAAAUUCUCAAAUUCCCAAACUUAUGACAAAUAUUUCCAAAAAUUCCAAGUUGUUUGUCACGUCACAUCACCAAAAAGAAUGAUUGGAAUUAUUUAAAAUGAUGUUUGUAGUUCUUGCUAGGACUGUCUAUCAAACUAUUGUCUUAGCUAGAUAUCCUAAACUCGUUUCCUUUGUAUAUGCAGCGUCCAUUGACAUCUAGUGUGUUUUUGUUUUUAUACCAAAGGAAUCUGCUUAAAGGUGUAUGAUUUGUAAAGCUUCAAUAGAUUUCUAUGGACAGUCACUGAAGGCACUUUGAAAUAUUUAUCAUCAUAGAAAGGUUUCAUCAUAGGUUUGGUUAGACCCUAUGUUUCUCCUAUGGUGAAAGCGAUCGUCAAUCAUCUAUUGCACAUUAAUAAUUAAAAUUAAAUGUUUUCACAUGAUGAGCUAUGAUAUCUGAAGGAGGAGUGUAUUGCUGAAAAAUACAGUUUUGCAUGUUUUGUUUAUUUUUUUGGCUAACAACCUCAGCAGUGAACAAACCUUUAUGGUUCUGAUAUCAUAAAAACGCAGAGUUACUGUUAGCUCACUGGUUUGAGGGGAUUUAAUGAAUGUUGAAAGGUUUGGGCAUGAUAUGAGUCAGUAAUAAUGUAAACCACCGCUUUUGCACAAAUCAGAUUUCAGUUAGUAGUCUUUUCUUUCAAAGUAAUGCAUGGGUGAAUUCAGAUACAGUUUGUUUGGGAUUAGUAUUUUUACUCAUUAACAUCCAGAUAUUUCAAGUGCUUAAAAAAGUUCUUCCCUUCGGCGCAAUUUUGGCAGAGGGCAUCAAAGGCAAUGUUACCCUUUUAUGGUGUCUAUGCAGGUUAUAUUUUUGCAGGUCACGUUCCUUCACUUCCUAUUGUGCAGUGAAACCCUAUAGUGGGCCUCUAAGUUAGAUCAUAUUUUUGAUUUCAAAGCUCAUUUGAUAUUUGCAGAUAAUGCAUGGUCAAGUGUUGGUUGCUUAGAUAAUAUCUGAAGUGUGAAUUGCUAAACUUGUUUUUUCCUACAUAAGCAUGCAAUCUUCUCAAGCUGCAGAGCAAUUUAAAAUGUUUAGCCUAGUGCUAAUUUUGAAUAAAGGCUUAUUUUUCACAGAGAAA